CCUAUGGGAGCAUGGCUUCCCGUGGAAUAUUCCAGCUGAUUUGCGCCUGGUCUUUAAAAGGAGGCGCCGGAAAGACAGAAAAGAAAAGAGGGGGAGACUAGGGAGCGUGGUUUGGAGGCAUCCCCAUCACUUCAAAGUUGUAGAGACUCAUAAAACACCUUUUGGGUUCCACUGAGCUUGUUGUGCCUCGCGCCAGAGAAUCAUGAUCCUCCUGACUCCCUCCUCCGGUUUCUUCCAGUGCACCAACGAGCUCGUCCUGACCGAUAAGCUCACGGCGCUGCACAUCAAGGAGUUUGUGCGUAAAAACGCCGCCAACGCUCUGUCGGUUGCCAACAUGGCCAUGGGCAUGGCCUCCAUCCUGUGCAGCCUGAACGGGCACCAUCACGCCGCGUGCUGGCUGGUCCUGAUUGGCUACCUGCUGGAUUUGGCAGACGGGGCGGUUGCCAGGCAACUUGAUGCCUGCUCGGCGCUCGGGGCCAAGCUGGACGACUUCGCUGACUUCACCACCUUCGGCAUCGCCACGUCGUUGCUCCUGCGGACGCCCCAGCUGGUGGAUAACGUCCUGUGCAUGUGCUACGCCUUCUCCGUCUUCGUCCGCCUCUGCUUCUUCUCCAGUGGGAUCCCCUUCAUGUACCGCGGCCUGCCCUGCAUCUACUCGUCGGCCAUUCUGUCCAGCGCCUCGCUGCUGUCGGGCGCCAACAUGGCCGUGCUGCGGGUCAUCGCCGUGGCCAUGAUCCUCUUCAUGAUCCGUCAGAACUUCUACCCACACGACAGAGUGCUGGAGUCUCAGGCCUGGAAGAAAGUGGUGUACGCUGGAGGAGUCGUCAUGUUGUUCUGCUCGUCCUUCUCCCCUGCGUGCAUCUACUACCUGCUCUGGUCUGUCUCCUAUAUUUUGUUCCCAACAUCCCUUUGGAGCAGAAAAGUGUAAAGAGGAAACCGACUUUGUCUGAGGCUCUAGAACAGUAGUGUUCCCUCUGUGUUCUGGCUGAACGGUGGCUUCCAGACAGGAUGUUUGAGGACGAUCUGGGUUGAACGCGCUGCAGCACCAGCAGCACGGUCCCGAUGUGACAUCUCUAUGAGAGAGCGCCUCAGAGAAUGAUGCUUAGGAGGAAUAUUUUAAUGUCACUGGUAAAAAUUAACAUCCGUGUUUUCUUCUUUUUCUGUUUUUUUUUCUGCAUUUUCAAUCAAGCCUGCAAGUCCUAUCCUGGUCCUGUCCUGUUUUAAGAUGAACUUUUAGAGUCUUUUACUGAAUGUGAUUAUGUGGCGGCUGGACACACUAUUUUGAAAUCACAUAUUCCACACAUUUUGAAUAUUUCUUCUUAAAUAUCUAGUAAAGUAACCUUUAUUUUAUUUGGCUGGACAUGAGAGAACUGUGCGUGUGUGUGUGUGUGUGUGUGUGUGUGUGUGUGUGUGUGUGUGUGUGUGUGUGUGUGUGUGUGUGUGUGUGUGUGUGUGUGUGUGAAAUUAAUAUUUAAAUACUGAUUGAGUCCGUAUCCAUAUAAUAUCAUUUUUUAACUUCCGGACAUUUACAGUAGCACACUCAGUUUUCCUCUGUGGGUGUUUGGAUUUACACACUAUAAAGCUACACUAAUGUAAACAUGAGCUUUCUAUAUGAAGAAUGUGUAUGAACAUUAAUAUGUGUGCUUUUACUGUAACCUUGUACAUUUGUGAAAUGAAAAUAAAUAUAUUUAUAAAUA